AACGUGAAAAAUAAAAAAAUUUACUAAAUAAAAAUUUGACGAUGUAUCAAGAUACGAGCGACCAGAAAAUGGUCGAAGAAAUGGAAGUAAAUAUAAAAAUUGGGUAUGUAAAUAGAGUUUUUUAAAAUCUAGUGAAUUCUGGUAAAAUUUUCAAAAUCGAAAGGGAAAAUAAAAUUUUAUUCUAAUUUUGACGAAACGACCCCCCACAUGUAAAGACAAUAAUAAAACAGAGAUUAUAUCAAGGAUAAAAUGGAGAUUUCCAGGGUUUUCAUCUUAAAUAUAAUUUCAGUCAUCCUAAUUAAGGGAUGCUUGAAUAUUAAGGGGGAAUUCCCCAGGAAUCCCCUGGAUUCCACCACUAAAUCAAACUACUACAAAUCAUUGGAUCUUUCUGUGAAAGAUUCACUUGAAGCAAUUAACCUAGUUAAAUCUGAGAUAAACGAUGUUGAUACUAUUCUGUUAUUCCCUAAGAAGGGUUAUAAAAUUGGUAAAUUAUUGAUUUCUAAUGAGGUUAUCUGGGUUGGCAAAACUGGCCAGCAUUUACUGUUCGCAACACUCUCAUCUAAUCCCAACUCCAAGUUCUUACUCAUUAAUAUAACUGUGAAUGGGACUAGACAACUCAGCAAUGUGAUGAUUUUGGGUAAGAACGGAAUUUAUGAGCAAAUUCCUACUUUCCAAUUCAUGGAUUACCUUGCAGAGUUGAGAAUAAGGGCUGAACCUAAAAACUUCGUUCUUGACCUUGAUUCUAGCCACAUUCCUGAGGUUGUGGACCACACAGUGAGACUAGGCUCUAUUCUUGCAGCCGUUUUUAUCCCUCACAGGGGAUACAAAGCCACCAAAAUCAUCCUUGGAGGCCAAACUGUAUUUGACGCUAAAGACUCAAAUUUGCACGUCCCAAUUGCCAUGGGCUACGAGCAUAAAAGGAAUUCAUACUUGAAUUUCAUUGCCGUAGAUGGAACCAAUAACUUUGGUUACAUUUACCAGUACAAUGUUUCAGAUAACCAAAUCAAAUUCAUCACAAAAUCAGACGUUAAAUUCAUUCACCAAGUUUUCACUUUCCACGUUGAGGACUUCAUUAACCACCGUGUUUCUUUCGACCCAUUAAAAGAACGUGGAUCUGGUAUCGAUAUUGAGGAUAGUCAUUUGUCAAGACUGACUUUUGAUAUUCAUAACAUCAACAAUGACCUUUUCAAGGUUCAAAAGGUCAGUGUUCUCAACUUGGAAACUUUUAAGUAUACUCCCAUAAAAGGCUUGAUUAAGUCUGUUGUUUACAACACUAAGCCCAUCUGGCAUUCAAACAGCCGUGAACUUUCCUGCAAAGAGGUCAUGAUCCAUUAUUCGAAUAAACUUCAACACAGUGUUGAGCUUAAGAUUCUUCUAUCCACAGAUGCAAUAGAUACCAGAAUUAUUCCUUACAAGUCAAUACUUAUGGAUGACACAAGUUUGGCCACUGAUGGACCUCUGGAGUUUAAACCUCCGGUUAUGAAAACUCCAGUGCCUAAGAAACUUCGCAGGUCAAGGAGUCUACCCGAUAUUCAGGUCAAGGAAGUUGAAAAUAAGCCAGAAGAGGAAAGAACUCCUCCAAAUACACCAACAUGCUCCAGAGAGGACCUGGGAACACCUCCAAACAGCCCAGCUAGAAACACUGAAGAGGACGUCGGAACACCACCAAAUAGUCCAGCUAGAACUCCACCACCAAGUCCUACCAGGAGCCCAUCCAACAGCCUUACCUCUGACGAUCAAGUACCUCACAUAAACAAAGUUGAAGAUGACGAUAGUCGUCUCUAUGUUCUUGACAGUAAUGACAAACCCAUCACUGACGAUUACUUCGAUGAUUACUACGAUGAUUAUUUGGAUGAUUAUUUGGAUGACAUGUUCGAUGAUGAAGAAUUUGAAGGAGAGUACUUAGUUUCUGGCCUUCAUGACUCAGAUUCCAUCUCACACCACAUCCAUCCUGACGAGUUCCCCUACAUUGACGAGGAACCUAUAAUUCCCAAAGAUGACAGUGCUCACGAUCAGGUUGACAUAUCAUCAAGAAAGUCAAUGGAAAAAAUGUACAUUAUAGAUGGAACAAAGUAUGUUCCCUUCAUAUUCCUGUUGGCCUAUGAAGACAGACCAAUUAGGGCAGUCAGUGACGGGCCAGAUGUAAUCUGGGAGGCUGAAAACAACAAACAAUUGUUACGUUAUGCCACCCUUUACUUGUACGAUAAUAAGCCAGUUGCAUUGGCUCUUUUCAUCAUUGACAGGCCUACAUUUAGGCAAAGAUACUACGUUAAGGAGGACGACCGUUGGUAUGAGGUUGAUAUUUACGAAUAUAAGAUAAAGACUCCAUACGAAAUCAAAGGUAAAAAAGAUUAUAAUGAAGAGGAUAAACUCAUUACUGAGGAAACUCCUAAGGCUGUUAAGUCAGUUUUGCACGUCUCUCCAAUGUUCCCAGUUGUUCUCGGAACCAUCUUUGUAUUUGUAUCUGUUUCGUCACUCUUGUUUAUUCUCUUCUUUUGUUAA